UGGACUGGCACAUCGCUAGGAUUACAAAAACACGCUGCCGGCAUUUAUUUUGAUAUUACGAAAUCAGUUUUUUGGCGUAAAUCUACAUUUUAAUUAGCAAAAUGAUCCAGGCACAGCGUCAACGCAUCGAGUCCGCCGUAACGGAGGCCAUCGAAGACAUGGACAAGACGUACCUGCGCAGAAUGCAGAAUGAGAUGCAUCUGUGCGCCGCCAAGUGCUGUCAGGAUGGAACCUCCUCUGCGGAUAGCGUCCAGAGGUGCAUCGAUCGCUGUUCCACGCCCAUGACACGAGCUCAAAAUUAUGUCCAGCACGAACUGGGAGAGUUUCAGGGAAGACUGCAACGUUGCGUCAUGCAAUGUAACGACGAUGUAAAGGUGAAGAUGCCACCCAAUCCCAACGAGGACCAAAUAGCCAAAUACACCGAUCAAUUCGAGCGCUGUGCCGUCCAGUGCGUAGACAAGCACGUGGGCCUCAUACCCGGCAUGAUGAAGACAAUGAAGGCUGUGCUUUCAAAAGGACCCGAGAGCAUUCCCCAAGUCUAGCUGCAUUUCUAUUAACCUAUAAAGCAGAGCUCGCAGGGAUCCUGUAUCACUUAAAGUCAGUAAAGUUGCGGUUCCAGCUCGCGGACUCUAUGGAAAGAAAAAAAUCAAGAAAACGGAACUAGAGCCGUAUUAGCUCUGCAGGACAUAACACAUACCUUAGAAGUGUAUUAAGCUAAAGUCUGAGUUCGGCAAAGCUACUGGAAAGUAGACUAUUGUAAGUUGCUUGGGAGUGCAUUCAAAUGAUCAAAAGGAUUGAGCCCAUUUUAAGAGCUCUGCUAUUAAGUUGUUGAAACUCGUUUACCAUAAUUACCGUGCAAAUAUAUAGUGUUACUAGCUCUGGAGCUAUUUUACACCUUUUCUAGCUUUACAACUUCCUGGAGUCAUGUUUCCAUCACAUUUUAAAAUACAAAAUUCAACUGAAAAGCUGUCAAAGCCA